AUGUCGUCCUCGGACACGAAGCCUCGGUGGAAGAGCGUAUAUGCGCUGUGGAUCCCGAUAGAAUUCCCGGUUUUGGUUGGUGAGGUGUUGGUGAGGGCGUUUUUGUUGUGUGUUUACUACUACUACAAGUACAUGACGCCGGUGCAUUUGGUGAUGGGAGACUGGAGCGAGCUGGCUCACUACUCUUACCCGUAUUCGAUGAAUCAAGUUAUUCCUUCGAGUACUUUGAACGUGAUGGUGGUUGUGUUUUCCGUGUCUGCGGGAGUGGUGACGUGCAUCGCGGCCCUGUUGUUGGCGAGGUCGCAUUUAUCUUUUUCGUCUCUGGCGCAUUCGUUUGCCUACUACGGAUUGGCGUCGUCUUUUUCGUUCACGUUGACGGCGGCUAUUACGAAUGUACUCAAGCAGUACUGCGGGAGGUUGCGUCCUGACUUUCUGAAUCGGUGUUACCCGUCGAUGUACAAGCCCUACGAGUUGCCUCACAUAGAUUUCGACCAGAUCAUGAAUCCCCGGCUACCGUGCGAGCCGGGCACACCAUUUGACAUCCUGGACGGUCGGCGCUCACAUCCUUCCGGUCACAGCAGCUACACCGCUUCCGUCUGCGUUGUAGCCGCUGUCUACGUAUAUCUGAUGGUGAAGCGGAUAGGCGAAGUGAAUGCUCUCGCUAGAGUGCGUGCUCUGGCCGGCACACUCGCUGCCGCGCUCGCCAUCGUGCUCCCCAUCUACGUCGGCAGCACCCGCGUCCUGGACCGCAGACAUCACGUCACCGACGUGAUCGGCGGCCUCGCUCUCGGUACCGUCUGUGCUGGCCUCUCCUGCGUUCUCUACUUCAGAGAAACCACCGCCUUCCCGCUCCUGGUCAACAAACCAGCCACCAAUAGCGCCCUCGGAGAUGGAGGCGCCCUUGGAGAUGGAGGGAAAGGGAAAUACAUCGUACACGAGAUGACACCUCCCCAAAACCCCUACCUAGACAGCUACGGCCAGCAACCCAUGGUCAAAUCCUACAACCCGUGA